CUUUUGAGCCACUGGAGUAUUGAGAAGUAUUUGUGCUGCACAGAACCAGGACUGGAGUGAUGCAAUUCAUGUUAGACUUGGUUUAGAAUGUAUAAAUACUCAUAAGACUGUUUUUUUUCACCACAGCUUGCAUGUACAGCCUGCUGCAUCUUCACUUGGUGUGUAUUAUUAAUCAUGUUUACCUGAACGAAGUUAUUGUGUUAUUGUGACCAUUAACACAGAUUGUUUCAUGGAUUAUUAUAAUGUGACGUAUUUAACUCUGGAGGGCCAUGUGGAGUUGGACAAAUACAGAUAUGUUUAUUUUGUAAUGGUUCUCACACUUUACCUGUUGAUCAUUAGUUGUAAUGGUCUUGUCAUUUUUGUCAUAUUCACAAACAAAUGUCUCCAUGAACCCAUGUACAUUUUCAUUGCUGCUUUGCUUUGUAAUGCUCUCUAUGGAUCAACUGCUCUUUAUCCUAAAUUGCUAGUUGAUUUUUUGUCUGAAAUUCAGAUCGUCUCCUAUGAAGCAUGUAUAUUUCAGUCAUUUUUUAUUUACACAUAUGCCAUAUCAGAGUUCACACUGUUAUCAGCUAUGGCCUAUGACAGAUAUGUGUCCAUCUGUAAACCAUUACAAUAUGCUACGAUUAUAAAAAUGUCCACUGUGAAAAGGCUCUUAUUUUGCUGUUGGUGUUUGCCUUGCUGUGAAAAUAGUAUAGCAUUGACAUUAACAUUUCAGGUUAAGCUUUGUAGGUUCAAGUUAAAUAGAAUAUACUGUAAUAAUUCUUCAGUUGUUAAAUUAAGUUGUGGAGACAUAUCUGUAAGAAACUCAUAUGCAUUGUUCAUUUUUGUCAUUGCUGUAUUUCCACCAGUGAUAUUUGUGAUCUACUCAUAUAUUAGAAUACUUCACGUCUGUCUUAGAAGUUCUAAUGAUUUCAGAAGAAAAGCUCUACAAACCUGCUUCCCACAUAUUUUUAUAUUUAUCAGUUAUACAGUUACCUCCUGCUUUGAAGUUAUUAAUAACAGACUAGAAUCAAAUCAAAUUCCUCACAUUUUCACGAUGAUCAUGUCAGUGGAAAAUCUGGUUAUUCCUCCUCUACUCAAUCCAAUAAUAUAUGGACUGAAAAUGCAGAAGAUUUUUAAUUAUAUUUGGUCCUACUUGCAGCUCUCUGUCAAGAAAGCUGUCUGA